GAGGUUCGAGGAUUGGCAGCAUUGGACGGCGUCUUCGUACACGUCGGCCCUUGAGAUCUCUCUCUUCUUCUCCUCCUCCUCCUUCUCGAGUUCCUCAUCUCCUCCGGCGAAGAUGAGAGAGUGCAUUUCGAUUCACAUCGGCCAGGCAGGGAUCCAGGUCGGCAAUGCUUGCUGGGAGCUGUACUGCGUUGAACACGGUAUUCAGGCUGAUGGGCAGAUGCCCUCUGACAAAAGUCCGGGAGGAGGGGAUGAUGCAUUCAACACCUUCUUCAGUGAGACUGGUGCUGGAAAGCAUGUCCCUCGUGCUGUGUUUGUCGAUCUGGAACCCACUGUGAUUGAUGAAGUGAGAACUGGAUACUAUCGCCAGCUGUUCCACCCGGAACAGCUCAUCAGUGGCAAGGAGGAUGCUGCCAAUAACUUUGCUCGUGGCCACUACACCAUUGGCAAGGAGAUUGUGGAUUUGUGCCUUGACCGCAUCAGGAAGCUUGCUGAUAACUGCACCGGCCUCCAAGGAUUCCUCGUCUUCAAUGCUGUUGGUGGUGGCACUGGCUCAGGCCUUGGCUCUCUUCUGCUUGAGCGUCUUUCAGUUGACUAUGGCAAGAAAUCGAAGCUUGGCUUCACUGUUUACCCUUCUCCUCAAGUUUCCACCUCUGUUGUUGAACCUUAUAACAGUGUCCUUUCCACCCACUCCCUUCUGGAGCACACCGAUGUUGCAGUUCUUCUAGACAAUGAGGCCAUCUAUGACAUCUGCAGGCGCUCCCUCGACAUUGAUCGCCCCUCCUACACCAACCUCAACCGCCUGAUUUCUCAGGUGAUAUCAUCUCUGACUGCAUCCCUGAGGUUUGAUGGAGCACUCAAUGUGGACGUGACUGAGUUUCAAACCAACUUGGUUCCUUACCCAAGGAUCCACUUCAUGCUGUCCUCUUACGCACCAGUCAUUUCCGCUGAGAAAGCAUACCAUGAGCAACUCUCCGUUGCUGAGAUAACAAACAGUGCAUUCGAGCCCUCUUCAAUGAUGGCCAAGUGCGAUCCUCGCCAUGGCAAAUACAUGGCCUGCUGCCUAAUGUACCGUGGUGAUGUUGUGCCCAAGGAUGUCAAUGCUGCUGUGGCAACCAUCAAGACAAAACGCACCAUCCAAUUUGUCGACUGGUGCCCGACUGGCUUCAAAUGUGGUAUCAACUACCAACCACCCACUGUUGUUCCCGGCGGUGACCUUGCCAAGGUGCAGAGGGCUGUGUGCAUGAUCUCCAACUCCACCAGUGUUGCUGAAGUGUUCUCUCGCAUCGAUCACAAGUUCGAUCUCAUGUACUCAAAACGCGCAUUUGUUCACUGGUAUGUUGGUGAGGGUAUGGAGGAAGGAGAGUUCUCCGAGGCCCGUGAAGAUCUUGCUGCAUUGGAGAAGGAUUAUGAAGAAGUUGGUGCUGAAUCUGCUGAAGGGGAUGAGGGUGAUGAACUUGAAGAUUACCAGUAGUACACAAAACCUGAGCUUUGCUUGUUGUUUUACUGUGUUUUGUUUAGUCGAUGUCUCAAAGUGUCGUUGUCCCUUCUUUGAGUUUCCUGUCAUUGCAACUAUGUUCUUUCUUUGGUCUCUACUGUGAUCAUUAUGAAUUCCCUUUUAUGUCAUGUAUUUGUGUCUCGAUGCAUGAUGUAUUGUAUCCUUGUCUUUGUUGAUGAGCCACAAUCCAUCGGUUAGUUAUCUUUAAUGCAGUUGUUUGGAAGCA